AUGUUUCUAACCAGAAUACCCCCAUUCUCUGUCGUCCAUGCUUCACUCCUAGCUCGCACGGUUGCCGUCGCAGUCACUGCUUCCGGAUUCCCUUUGUCCUCGAUCUGCGUCUGGGCCUUUGAAGGUCUCGUUAUCGACGGGUUUACAGCAAUCGAUCAGACCGGCACGUCAUCCACCAAAGUCUGCUACUGGGGACUGUGGGUUGCUUGGACUGCCAUGCAUGCCGUCCAAAAUUACCGAGACGACGGCUACGAAUGCAGACGGCUCGAUGAUAUCUUGUCCCGCGGAGGCUUCCAUUGCUUGGUCAAAGUAAUCCGCAAGGUCGACUACGUGCGCACACCAUCGGCCGAGAAGAACGCAAUGCUCGGGUUCAUCGGCUUAUGGGAGGGUGUCAAUCAAGCUAUACAAGAGGUUAACGCGUUGGAUGGGCACCAUCUUCCUGACGUUGGCGAAGAUGCUCCAUCAGACCUUUCCACCGAUUAUCUUCUGGAUCGAUGCGGCAAGACCCUCGACUGCUACCAGAAGAGCAUCGACUGCUACAAAGGGAUCCUAGAUAGCUACCGCAAGGCCGCUUUCAGCUAUCGCAAAACACUCGAUCUCUAUCGCCAUGUACUUGCAUGCUACAGCAAAAUGCCCGACUGCAGUGGCACGAUCCUCGGUUACUACGAUAACAUUCUUGAUUCUUACGACAAGAUUCUCGAGUGCUACAGGACGCUCAACUGCUGCGAUGAGACCCAGGAAUGCUACAAGAAGAUUAGUGAUUAUCACAACUCUCUCAAGGGUCGCGGCAAAACUCCUGAUCGCCAUGGCGAGCUUCUUGAUUGUUACGAUCAGAUGCUUGACUGCUACAAAAGCAUCUACAAUCGAUGCCACGGCGAUGUGCACAUUCUACUCAAAGAUCUCGUUCACUCUACAGAGAAGACACGGGACGAGUUGUCGAAACUGAGUGUUUGGAGACGAGCUUGGGUUCGGCCGUACCUGAAGGAUAUCGACCGGGGACUGAAACACCUCCUUGUGCUUACUGAAAAGGAACGCCGCAAUACUUCCGAGAAUACAAGUGAGUCGAAAAUGACCUUGGAGCUCGACCUCCCCUACGGAACGAAACUCGAUCUUCCUCGUGGGAUGGUGCUGCCAACUGCUUCACCCGCUAGCUCGCGGUAUGCCAGAUCCGAUUCUUGA